AGUAAACUUGAACGCGAUGACGCCGAUCAGCUGACUGCAGCAGCAGGGCGCGAGGCGUUGAAAUUGCACUGGCUUGACGAUUGAUGGGGAAUUAUGUCAGUUCGCAUCCUCAGCUGGAAUAUCAACGGAUUGCGGUCAUUCAAGACGAACAUGAAGCAACUCCUGGAUUCUUUAGAGGCAGACAUCAUUUGCUUUCAAGAGACAAAAGUAACCCGUGACAUGCUAGAAGAACCUUUCGCUAUUGUUGAGGGAUAUUCAUCUUAUUUCAACUUUUCCAAGAAGAAAAGUGGAUAUUCUGGAGUGGCCACGUUUUGCUCCAAUCAAGCCAGCCCUACUCAUGCUCAGGAAGGCCUCACAGGUAAACAUGCUGGGGAACUUUUUGAUGGUGGAGGCACUAUUGAAGUUUUAGCAGGGCAGUGGCAAGAGGAGGAGCUGAAGAACUUGGACAGUGAGGGACGAGCUGUCAUCACACAACAUCUUAUGAGGGGUACAGAAGGAAAAGAGUUGAGAAUAGCAGUCAUAAAUGUAUACUGCCCACAUGUAGACCCUGAGAAACCAGAGCGUCGCAUCUAUAAAUUAAGAUUCUAUGAAUUGCUACGGCAAAGGGCAGCUGCCAUCAGAGCUACUGGCUGUCAUGUUAUUAUAGUAGGGGAUAUCAACACUUCUCACAGAAGAAUUGAUCACUGUGAUCCUGAUGACACUGAGGAUUUUGAGAGUCGUCUAGGCAGAAGAUACCUUAAUAUGAUGCUCCUGCCCAUAUACAAAAAUGAGCAGCAGAAUGAAACUAGUGGCACUGAUCAAAAAGCAGGAGUUGAAUCUGCCCAAAAUAAUCAUGUGUGUAGUUCUCAGCUCGGCAAGAUUGAUGAGUUGAACAAAAUUAAUGAUGGGCUCAAAUUAGCUAAGAACAGUUCCUGUAGCCUCACUGAAGGAAAUGAUUACUCAAGAGCAGAAUUGAAUAGCAAAACAGGAGAAGAAGGAGGAUAUGGGGGUGAGCAGCAGUCUGAUGAAGCUCUACUUUCUUCAAGCACUAACUUCCAAAUGGUUGAUACAUUCCGAUACUUUUACCCACUGAAGGAGAAAGCUUUUACUUGUUGGCAUACCCUCUCAAAUUCUAGAGCUACAAAUUAUGGGACUAGAAUUGACUACAUUUUUUGUGAUCAAGAUUUUUUGACAUAUUUAAGAGAUGGGCAGGUCCUGCAGGAAGUUUUGGGGAGUGAUCACUGCCCUGUUGCCAUUGUAAUAAAUGGGGAAAUAACUUCAGCUGCUAAACUACCUUCAUCAUGCACUAAAUUCUAUCCAGAAUUUCAGGGCCAGCAGCAGAAAUUGUCAUCAUACUUUCAGCCUAAAUCUUCCAGUACAAAGGCUAACCAGAACUUCACUUUGCAAAAAACUGAAAGUACAAAUAAAACUUGGCCUCAGAAUGGGAUCAAAAGAAAAGCUGAAGUUUUUAAGAAAUCAGCCAGUAAGAUGGCAUGCACAGAAAAACAAAAGAAGCUAAGCUCGUUCUUUACUGUUAAACAGAGUUCCUCAGUUGAUAGAGAAAAUGAUAAAAAUGAAAAUUCAAUAGGUCAAAAUCAUACUGAUGUGAAUUUUGCAGGUCAUAUCGAUAAGGAAAUAAAAACUGAUGAUUCCCAGAACAUCUCAUCUCACGAAUUACCUUUGUCACAAGAAAGUAAUGGAAACCCAGUUAGUGGAUCACAGAAACCUCCCACUCAGGUGAAAAACACAGGUUGGAAUUUCUUGAUGAAAGGCCCAAAGCCCCCUCCUCUUUGUCCAGGGCAUAAUGAGCCAGCUGUUUUAAGAACUGUUAGAAAGAAGGGACCAAAUAUGAAUCGUCAGUUUUAUGCUUGUGCAAGAGGAGCAGGAAAAGAAGGAGACCCAGAGGCUCAGUGUAAUUUUUUCAAAUGGGUUGGGAAGUAGGAUAUCUGCAUUAUUUUUAUAUAACAAGCACUUUAGUUUUCAUAUUUUAGAAAGUAAAAAAAAAAAAAAAUCAUUGUGGAAUCUCCUUUCUCAUUGUUUCUCACUGUUCAUAAUUCAAAGUCUGGGAACUUAUGUUUCAUUCUUCAAAAUAUUUUAUGAUAAAUGUAUUAAUUUGUCAACAGGAAUAUGUUUUACUCAAAAUUGCUUACAGUUUUAUGGUCCUGAAUGUUUGAGCAAUUUUGAAAGCUUCAUAUGCAAAAAGCAUUUUAAAGAAUUAAUUUUAAGAAAUAUAGAAACUUUGUAUGAGUCAUUUCUUAAUUUGUUUGGAGAGUCCCUAUUUACUUUGAUUUUUAUUGUAACAGUGUUGAAUGGGAUGUUUUGCAAAAGAAAAUAUAGCUGUAUGUAGUGUGAAAUGUACACCUAACCUUAAAAAGUAAAUUUGAUACAUAAGGAUUUAAAAAAAAAUGUAAGAUGGACAUUUAGUAAUGCAUAUAAAUAUUCUGUGUUUGUAAGAAAACUAAUAAAGGCAGAGUGACAGUACUCA